UUUUUUUUGGUUGGAGCGACUAAAUUUCUCCAUCGGCGAAAGAAAAAAAAAACAAAACGAAAAAAAAAAAAAGUUUCUCGAUUCAACAAGCGUCCCUUCCUCCUUGGGGAUUCACAGAUUUUGAAAGCUAAUCUUCAGCUAUGAGCACAGCAACAAGGCCUUCCUCUUCAGCAACAACUUCUGUCAUAUUAGAAAACCCUGUUUCUCAAUCACAACCUACUGAAAGAUUAGUGCUUCGGUUGAACCGGAAGAAGAAGAAAGUUUCAUGGAAAGAUGGGACUGUAGACAAUGAGUUUAUGCAGAAGAAGAGUUCGAAGAAGUGUUGCAUCUUUCAUAAACAGAAGCCUUUUGAUGAGGAUGACAGUGAAGAAGAAGAUGAUAACAACCAUCACUGUGAUCAUAACCAUGAACACUCCGAAUCUGGUGAGGCAUCUUCUUCUAAUGAUUCUAAAGCCGUUGACUAAUCAAUCAGGUUUUUUCACGUUACUAUAUAUUGAAGCUUUUUAAUAGAUCAUGGAAGAACACACAUUUGUUGUUUUGGUCUCUUCUCCUAUCUAACCCUGGUUGGGCGUUAUGUAUAUGUACAAGUAAUUUGCAGAUUCAUUGCAAUGUUAACUCCUUCAUACUCUGUUGAAAAUGAUGUGAAUCAUUGAAGAUUGCUAAUUAGUUAAAGAAUUACAAGGAUGUUAUAUUUUCUUUCUACAUUUGAAUAUGCUUUUGCU